CCAUGGGCCACCUCUCUCCCCUCUUGAAGCCCAAUCCCCCUCCCCUCCCCUCAGAAUUCCAAUUCAUCUCCCUCGUCCACUCCUCCAAAUCUCCUCUCCACCUCAAACAAAUCCACGCUCACCUCCUCCGCCGCCGCCUCCCCCUCACCGGCCGCCUCGCCGCCCAGCUCGUCGCCGCCUGCUCCACACUCCGCUCAAUGUCCUACGCCCUCUCCUUCUUCCACCACCACCACUCCCCCCCGUCUCCCUCCCCCCCUCUCUUCGACGCCCUCAUCCGCGCCCUCUCCGAAAAUUUCCUCUUUUCAUCCGCUCUCUCCCACUUCGCCCUCAUGGCUCGCUCCGGCCUCCGCCCGGGCCGCCUCGCCUUCCCUUUUGCCCUCAAAUCUGCUGCCUCUCUUCCUGCUCCCAGCGUCGGCGCUUCCCUCCAUGCCUUCGCCGCCAAGCUUGGCGUCGACCUUGAUCCCUUUGUCCGCACCUCCCUCGUCGAUAUGUAUGUCAAGCUUGGUUCGUCUGUCCUCGCGCUCCAGGUGUUUGAUGAUACUCCUGAAUGGCACAAGUCUGCUAAUGUGCUCCUAUGGAAUGUCUCGAUCAGUGCAUGUUGCCAGUUGGGUAAUAUGGAGGGUGCACGGGAGCUCUUUGAGUCAAUGCCAGAGAGGAGUGUGGCUUCUUGGAACAGUUUGAUUCAUGGGUAUAUACAAAAAGGUAAUGUGGAGCAGGCGGCCGAGCUUUUCAAUUGGAUGCCUGAGAGGAAUGUGGUUUCUUGGACGACGAUGGUAGCAGGCUUCUCGCAGCUGGGCGAAAAUGCACGGGCUCUGCGGACUUUUGAUGAGAUGUUGGAAGCAGGCAUGAGGCCUAACAAUUACACAAUCGCAUCGGUGCUCUCUGCUUGUGCAAGAAUGGGGGCUCUGGAGAGUGGCAUUCGGAUCCAUGAGUAUGUCCUAAAGAAUGGGUUUCGGGCAAAUGGAGUGAUAGGAACAGCUCUUGUUGAUAUGUACUCAAAAUGCGGGAAGAUUGACCAUGCCAGCCAGGUCUUUGAGCAUAUGGAGGAGAGGGAUAUUCUUACUUGUACUGCAAUGAUAAUGGGAUGGGCUGUCCAUGGGAACUGGAAGCAAGCACUUCAGUGCUUCGAGGACAUGAAAUGUGCAUGUGUCAAGCCUGAUGGAGGGGUGUACUUGGCCAUGCUAAUGGCAUGCUCUCACUCUGGAAACGUGGAGCGAGGGCUUGAGCUAUUUGAUAGCAUGAGAUAUGAUUACAAGAUUGAGCCGAAUGUGAAGCAUUACACCUGCAUGGUGGAUCUGUUAGGAAGAGCUGGGCGGCUGGAUGAAGCCCUUGCUUUCAUGGAGGCUAUGCCCAUUGAACCAGACUUUAUUGUUUGGGGUGCUCUUUUUAAUGCUUGUCAAUCUCAUAAGAAUGUUGAAUUGGCUGAAUUUGCUGCAGAGAAGCUUCUCAAACUCAAGCCUAAACAUCAAGGUAGCUACAUCUUCCUUUCCAACAUGUAUGCUGGGGCUGGCAGAUGGGAGGAUGCAGAGAAGGUGAGGAUCAAUAUGAAGGAUAGGGGCAUGGGGUUGUCACCUGGGUGGAGUAAUAUUGAGGUUGAGGGAAGCACAAAUCAUUUUGUUGCUGGUGAUUGAUCUCACCUUAGUUUGAGAGAGAUUUACUGUAAAUCAGAGCAAGAUAACAACUUGAGCAAGAUAACAAGGGUAUGUUCCCAACACCGAGUACAUUGAUGAAUUGGACAAGAACUCAUUGGAAUGCCAUAGUUAGAAAUUGGCGCUUGCUUCCACCCAAGGUACACUGAUGCAGUGUUGCUGUUGCAAAGCGGGCAAGCUGAUUCACAACAAUUAUUUAUGAUUGCAAUUUUCAGAUUUGGAGGAAGAUAAUUGCUUUUUUUCCUUUCUAGAGGAAAGUCUGGUUUGAAAACAAAAUUCCACUCAAAAAGAACAGGGUGACAGGAGGGUAACUCAGAUUUGCUAGAAGUUGGGGACGGACAAUUGAGUGAUGAUGAUAUCCAUUAUAUCAAGACUGAAGCUGGAGAACAAUAAACUCAUUCAGGAAGGGAAAGACCACUGAAUGCAAAUCAGAUUCAGUCAAUGAGCAACCUAAGCUUCAAAAAGUUGUUCCAAAAACUGGAUUCUUAUACAACUGCAUCAGUGGACGUCGAAAGAAUUUUAGAAAAGAGGAAAUGGUGCCUACAAUUCCAUGUAAGAGUAUGAUGAAUAUAAUAAAUAGCUUGUUUUGGGAGCAGUUUGAUUAACUUUAGAUGCACUGAGUGCCAACAGAUGAUGCUUCACACAAGGUUGAGCAGGGCUGGGAUGGUUAAGGUGCUGAAAUGUUGUGAUUCUUGUGUAACAUCUGCUUACGAUUUUUUUUUUUUUUUUUUUUUUCAGAAGCUCAUGCAUGUAUGAUUUCCUCUAAAGAUUAUGUAUGCAAAAUGGCUUGUGAACUCAA